CUCGCUUUACAAGCGGAACGAGUCCUGGCACGCAAUGUUUGCGUUUCACGGAAGGGCUGGGUUUCACGCCUCACUAGGAAGGAUAUAAAUUCCAACGCGGAAGUUGAAGCCCGCUGUCUUGAUAUCACAAUGGUGGAGAAUUCCCCGUCCCCGCUACCUGAAAGGGCAAUUUAUGGCUUCGUUCUGUAUUUGGGUUCCCAGUUUGGCUUCAUUCUGUACCUAACGUGGGGCUUCAUCCCAGAGUCUUGGUUACACUCAUUAGGACUGACGUACUGGCCCCAAAAAUAUUGGGCUGUGGCAGUGCCCGUCUACCUCCUCGUUGUGUUCGGCAUCGCCUAUAUCUUUCUGUUUGGUAUAAACAUGAUGAGCACUGCUCCCCUAGACUCCAUACACACUGUAACAGACUCUUAUGCCAAAAAUCAGCAAGAGAAGGCGUGCCAAGAGGAUGCCAUCCCAGCACUGAGGGACAUUUCCAUCAGCGAGGUUAAUAAAAUGUUCUUCCUCACUGAGAGAUGAUGCCGGAAGAUCCUUCGGACCCACAAAACCCCAUUCUUUAUGAUAAUUCAUGUAGCUAUAUAUUUCUGGACUGUGUUUUAUUUAUUUAUUUUUUUACUUGGGCCCCAUAAACCAAUGGGUGCAAGUGUUUUAUUUAGAGGUGCAAAUGCGCAGACUUGGAGAUGUGGGAACAGCAGAUUCUGCAGAGGUCUAUGCUCCCAGUCACAUUUAUACUGUGCUGCCACUUCACUUGCUAUAUAAAAAAAAAAGCAGUUUACCUUGAAAUUCACUUUUAUUGGAAUUCUAAGACAGUUUGCAAUUAGUGAUUAUUUAAUAUUUGUCAUUUUGAAAACCCAUACAAACCAUUUUUUGCUCUGCAACACUGAGGCUUGGAAUUUCAGCUGCUAUCUGGUUGCUAGUGCUCAAUGAUCUUAGCAACCAAUUAGCAGUUUAAAAAUCAGUAUGAUGGAAGAUCAAUAGGAGAGAGCUAGAAAAGAAAGAUAAACAUCUAAAAAUAAGAGCAGUAAAAUUAGGGUUGUUGCCUUUUCUGGAAAAACAAAUGCUGGCUUUCCUAGAUUUUUUAUGUUUUUUUCCUAUUAAAACUUUGAGCAUUUUUUUUACUGGCCAGGUGGCCACCCCAAAUACAAUUGAACCCUCCAAAUUGAUUUCUUUUUCUGGUUGGUGGGGUCAGAGAUGGCAAACUAGAUAGGUUUCUCUGUGACAAGCUAUACCAAAUAACUAAUAGAGACUAGUUACAAAUUUGCUCAGAAUGGAUCCAUACUGAAUGCUAAUAUAAAGGUGGACUUUCCCUUUAAGUUUUUCCUGUAUGAUCAGAGAAGCUGCCGUGCCUUUUAUCCCUUUCGUUAUAGUAUUGUCAUUUGCACUGUAUAUACAAACAUGAGGCCUGCUAUUUGUAUUUCAACACACUUGGUUUUAUUCAAAAUCCAUUAAAGCAACACUGUGCUACAUA